CUCCCCCCUUCUACUUUUGGCUCGCGGGACCUCUUUUUUUUUUUUUUUUUUCCCCUCCACAGCCGCGGUGCAUGAUGGGAUUGUGGACUCCGCCGCGGUCCGCUAGCCGCAGAGCAUGCUGGGAAACGAAGGCUGGGGCCGGUUUAGCGCUUAGCUUGGCCUGGCGGGGGCGGUGGGGGGGCAGGCCUGACUAUUAUGGGAUGGGACCCCGGAAAAAGAGGAGGGGGUGGAUGGGGGGCUCCCCGCCAUCUCUCUCUCUCUCGUGUCCUGCUUCUGCUCCUCUUGCAGGUUGGGCCGCAGGCUUGUUUUGAGGGGUGGUGAUGUCCGAAGUACCCAAGCCGGUGGAAGUGGGCAGCUCUGAGGACAUUGGCUUUGAGGAGGAGGAUGGGACCUCGACUGGUAUUUCAGCCAUGCAGGAGGAGGAGGAAGAAUCGGAAGCAACCUCUGUAUCUUCUGGAGACAGUAGCCCUGCGACCCCAUCUGCCAAUGGCUAUCCAGGUCCGCAGAGCAAAGAACCCAAACUGGCCACUGCUGGGGAACAGGUGGAUGAUGUUGGAGAGGGGGGGCAGGAUCGCCUCAGCUCUUCCCAGGCUCCUAGCCCCGAAUGGCAUGAAUGCCCCGAAUGUGGCCGUGGCUUCGGCACCUCUCGGGCCCUGAAGGUGCACCGUAGCUACCACGUGGGGCGCAAAAGGCCGCACAGUGGUUCCUCUUCAGCCAAGCCUUCCCCUCCGCUGACCUUGCUGGGAAACCCCGACAGCCAGGAAGGGCGGACGGGCCCGACUUCCGGCCGGGGCAGAGCCUUUCACUACAUCUGUGCCGAGUGUGGCGUGGGCUUCACCUCUCCCGCCACGCUGGAGGGCCAUCGCUGCGAACACAGCUGGCGCAGAAGCCCCCCGGCCCCUCCUCGUAACAAGGUCGCUCCCUCUCUUGCUCCCAGGGAGGCUAACGGGGACCAGGACACAGAUGGGGCUGACGGACCGUACCACUGCACCGAGUGCCCAGGCGAAUUUGGCUUGGUAUCCGAACUUCACGAGCACUAUAUGCUCCAUGCUCGCGGAGAGCUGUAGAUCCGUCUUCAGCCCUCCCCCUUUCCCCCCUUCCCCCCCCAGCCCGCUUCCAAAUAUUUCCCUGUUGUGAUAGGUGGCCCCUGCUACGGGAUCUCUGUCCUGCUAGGAUACUCAACAAGUGGAGGAAAAAAAAAAAAACCCCCUCUUUUUUUUUGUUUUUUUAAAAAAAAAAAAAA